CCGCCGCCGCCGCCGCCGCCGCCGCGGAAGAACCGGCCCAGCCGGCCCGCCAGGUUCGAGGCAGGCAGCCCGGCGGGCAGUCGGGCGGGGACGGCGGCUGCUGCGGGUCUGGCAGCGCGCACGCCGCCCCGCAGACGCACCCAACGCCUCCUCCGUGCGCUGCGAGGAUGGAGCAGCCGCCCCGGCCGCGGACUGGCGCAAGCUCCAGUAUCAAGAUGCUCUUCCCCUGGAGCUGAAUCAACAAAAAGUAAACAGAGAGGAAAUUGGGAAAGCCUGUUUCUCAGACUCACACUGAGGCGGGGGAGGUGCCCAUGCAAGGACCAGCAUGAUGAAGAGAUGCGUGUGUGAGUAGCAGCCCUUUGGACCACGCCGGAAGGAGACCAAGCGUGUGGACAGGGCUGGACCGUGAGCACACGUGCUUGCUGGAGUAGGUGAGGCUUGGGCCUGUGAUUAUGCUGACAUCCCAGCAUGAAUCUGGUGGACCUGUGGCUAACUCGCUCCCUCUCCAUGUGUCUCCUCCUCCAAAGUUUCGUUCUCAUGAUACUGUGCUUUCAUUCCGCCAGUAUGUGUCCCAAGGGCUGUCUCUGUUCUUCCUCUGGGGGUUUAAAUGUCACCUGUAGCAAUGCGAAUCUCAAGGAAAUACCUAGAGAUCUUCCGCCUGAAACGGUCCUCUUGUACCUGGACUCCAAUCAGAUCACAUCCAUCCCCAAUGAGAUUUUUAAGGACCUCCAUCAACUAAGAGUUCUCAACCUGUCCAAAAACGGCAUCGAGUUUAUCGACGAGCACGCCUUUAAGGGAGUCGCUGAGACUCUGCAGACUCUGGACUUGUCUGACAACCGGAUUCAGAGCGUGCACAAAAACGCCUUCAAUAACCUGAAGGCCAGAGCCAGAAUUGCCAACAACCCCUGGCACUGUGACUGUACGCUCCAGCAAGUCCUGCGGAGCAUGGUGUCCAAUCACGAGACAGCCCACAAUGUGAUCUGCAAGACCUCCGUGCUGGAUGAACACGCUGGGAGGCCGUUCCUCAACGCUGCCAAUGACGCCGACCUUUGUAACCUCCCUAAAAAAACGACUGACUACGCCAUGCUGGUCACCAUGUUUGGCUGGUUCACCAUGGUGAUCUCUUACGUGGUGUAUUACGUGAGGCAGAAUCAGGAGGACGCGCGGAGACACCUCGAAUACUUGAAGUCCCUGCCGAGCAGGCAAAAGAAGGCUGACGAACCCGACGACAUUAGCACCGUGGUGUAGCGUCCGAGCUGCCUGGCAUCGAAAAAGAAAUCCGUUUGGGAUUGCGGUAGAAUAAGCUGGUUUACUUCUCUCAUCCAUUGUAAACAUUUGAAACUUUGUAUCGCAGUUUCCUUUGAAUUAUGCCACUGUCGAACUUUGAACAAACGUGACAACCUAACAACUCAUUUUCCUUUAGGCAAUCCACCCCUGAAUUGUACCCCUGGCGGUAUAUUCCCGAGUCGGCUACUUCUCUGAACCUCAGUUAGAUCCAUCUCACUAUUUAAUAAUGAAAUUUAUUUUUUUAAUUUGAAACCAAAUAAAAGCCUAACUUUGAAUCAUGAAAAA